AUGUCCCCAACCACAACCACAACCACAAUCACCGAAAAACCCCCCUCCCAGACACCCACACCCACACCCACACCCACACCCACACCCACACCGACAGACACAAUCAUAACCCUCCACCGCACUCCAACCAGCCUCACAUCCCCGCGCCCCAAAUUCAAAAACACCCUCCUCGCCUCCGUCGGCUACCUCGAGCUCGCCAACGCAGGCGACUUCGCCGCAAACGUGUGGAACGAGAUCCCCGUGCCCACCCACGCCGUCAUCUGCAUGGCCAUCUUCGGACCCAUCGCGCUCCUCGCCUCCCUCUUCGCAGCCCGCGAUCUGUACCUCGCGGUAUCGAAUCUCCGGGUUCUGCGAGCGGAGCGGAAGCUCCUCCUCCUCCUCCUCCUCGCCCGCAGCACAACAACCCCAAGUACAACCACCACGGCAGCGACCAAAGAAACAAGCACAAGCACAAGCACAAGCACAAGCUCGCCUCCGCCUCCGACGCCGACGAACACAACGUCAACGUCCAAGGCUCGAGCGCUCCUCGCCCUCAACACGCGCCAGCUGCUGACGGAGGCGAUCGACCGCGCGCUCAUGGACGUCUUGCUCGGCGGCGGGGCGGUGCUGGUGGGCGUGGGCACGAUCCUGGCGAUUUUCGGGGCGGAUGCUGCGGUCUUCGAGGCGUCGAAUCUGUUAUCUGGGUUUGUGGGCAAUGCGCCGGCGGCGGCGUUUGGGGUGGUGAAUGCGGGGUGGACGGGGGUGUUGGUGGUGGGGUUGCAGCGGCGGUGGAGGGGGGCGUGUACGUCUUUGUCUUUGUGUGCAGCGUCUUCGACUGCGGGUGGUGGUGGAGGUGGAGGUGGAGGUGGAGGUACAGGGGGAGGUGCAGGUGGAGGGGUUGGGGGUAAGGUGCGGAUGAGGCUGCGGGCGCGCUUCCGCAUGCUGCAGGUGCACGCGGCCGUCAACGGGGUCACGGGCUUGGUGGCGGGGAUGGCGUCGAUGGUGACGGCGCGGAUGUGGUGGGGGUAUGUUGUGCUGAUUCCGUGUGUGGUGGUUGUGGUGGUGGGGAACUGGUUCUGGCGGGUGCGGCUGGGGUAUGACCGGGCGAUGUGGCGGGGGGAGGCGGAGCCGGAGGAGGGAGAGGAGGGAGGGCACGAUGGUGAGAGCGACGUGGUUGAGGAACUGGGGGCCGUGAUCGAAGCGCGGGAGACGCUGGAUGCGUGGGUCGAGGGCCCGCUGGACCGACUCAUGGGUCGAAUUGUGCGGCAUGGCAUGGCGGAGGCGUUUUGUGAGCGGCUGGCGAGACGCUGGGGGGAGCAUCCGGUGUUUGCGGGGGAUACGAAGGAGGUGUGCAUUGCAGUCGGAGAUCUUCUAUCCGGGUCUGAGAGCGAUCAAGCCCGGAUGCUGGAUGAGUGCGGCCUCUUCCUCCGGGAGGAUGGGAGGAAGAUUCUCGAGGACCGGGAGCGGUAUCUCCUCGAACUUCUUGGAGAGCUGUUGUUGAUUCAAGCCUAG